AUGUCACCAUCAUAUACAAAUUAUAUUAAUAAUGAUCUGGAUAAAUCUAUAGAACGCCAUCAAAGCUCAAUUAACCAAGAAUUUGAAAAAAGAAAUGAAUUUUUCAUAGAUCCAAAAAGCAAAAAAUAUGAUAAACAAUAUUUUUCAAUGUAUCAAUAUAGAUUAAGUAUAUUAAAACAAAGAAUUUAUGAAAAUGCAAUGUCAAAAUGGGGUCAUGGAACAAGAAAAGUUAAUGAUCAAACUAUAAUAAAACAAGAUAAAAUAUUAGAUAUAACAAGUGGUAGAUUAUGUUGGGUAAUUGGAACAAUUUUUUGUGAUGCAAAAUAUAAAUUAGAUAUCUUGAGUGAUGUUGAAAAAGGUAGUGAUGAUGUAUUACCUUUAGUACCUGUAAGUUAUUUAGAUGAAAGUGAACAGUCAAUAGUAAUGUUGGAAGAUGAAUCAGGUAGAGCUGUUUUACAUAAUGAAGAAUUUUUGAAUAAUAAUCUUUUGGUCACUGGAUGUAUAGUUGCAGUAUUAGGAGUUGAAAUUCAAGCUGGAAUAUUUGAAAUAAUGGAUGUUAUAUAUCCUAAAUGUGCACCACAAAAAUCAUUAACAUUACCAACACCCACAAAUCAAUCUACAAAAAUAGCAUUAGUAUCUGGUCUAAAUAUUGGACUACAUGGACAUUAUGAUUUAAAAUUAGAAUUAUUGAAACAAUAUCUAACUGGAGAAUUAGGAGGGGAUCAAGAUAAAACUUUCAAUGGUUCAAUAUCUCAAUUAAUCAUAGCUGGUAAUUCAAUCGAACCCAUACAAGAUAUAACAGCAGAGAAUGAUUUAAAAAAUUUCAUAACAACAAAUAAUUAUGGAUCAAAGAAUAUUUCAAAAUAUAAUAAUGAAUCAUUAAAAUUAUUAGAUCAAUUUUUAAACGAUGUACUAAUAAAUUUAUCAGUUUCAAUAAUGCCAGGAGAAAACGAUCCAGCAGAAAUUUGUUUACCUCAACAACCAUUACAUAAAGCAUUAUUUAAAACCAAUCAAUCAAUUUUGGGGAGUGAUAGAUUAUCAAGAUUAACUAACCCAGUAUGGUUCGAACUAGAUAAUAUUAGAUUCUUAGGAACUAGUGGUCAAAACGUAGAUGAUAUAAAGAAAUAUUGUACAAAAAAAUCAACAUCAAUAGAAAUAAUGAAAUCAAGUAUGAAAUGGCAAAAUUUUGUCCCCACAGCUCCAGAUACUUUAUAUUGUUAUCCUUAUGAAAAUUAUGAUCCUUUUAUCUUUAAUAAUGAUUUACCACAUUUAUACUUUGUUGGAAAUCAAGAUAUGUAUGGUACAGAUAUUUAUGAGUGUGCAGAUUCUGGUUCCAAAAUAAGAUUAAUUAGUUUACCUGAUUUUAAAAAAACUGGAGAAUUUGUUGUAAUUGAUUUACUGACAUUAGAACCAGAAUUAAUUAAAAUUGAACUAUAA